UGCAUGAGCCUUCUUUCCUCAUAUAUCAGUCAAAAUCCUCUCGUCACACAUAAUUCAUUUCUCUCAUUCACGCUUUUCUCGCUCUCCUUUACCCUUUAAAUGCCUUCCCUUCAAUCCUUGGCUUUUUCAUAAUUCUCACCCUUCACUGUCUUUUUACAAAAGAAAACACUGGUGUUGCUGCUGGUAAAGAUCGGAACUUCUGCGAGUUAGUAUUAUGGAGAUAGAGGCCAGCAGGGCGGUCGGUAAUAAUGGGACGUCCGCGAUCCCGGCGCUGAGUCCUCUCAGCGAGACGCUGUGGGAGGGGGCAAGGCUAACGUCGACUUCGUCGGAGAUGUGUCGGCCAGGUUGACAUGGAAGGAUCUCACCGUCAUGGUCACCCUUGGCAACGGAGAGACCCAGAAUGUCCUCGAAGGCCUCACCGGCUACGCUGAGCCCGGCACCUUCACCGCCCUCAUGGGCCCCUCCGGCUCCGGCAAGUCCACUCUCCUCGACGCCCUCUCCAGUCGUCUAGCCGCCAACGCCUUCCUCUCCGGACAAAUCCUCCUCAACGGUCGCAAAGCCAAGCUCUCUUUCGGCACUGCAGCAUAUGUGACGCAAGACGACAACCUCAUAGGAACCUUGAACAGUACGAGAAACGAUAUC